GACAAAAGUGCUGAAGAUGUGAGGGGGACUGGAGGAACUGGAGGAACUGGAGGAACUUUCUCACGUUUAACGCUUCUGUUCCACUGGAUUUCGGGACAAAUUCGCUGAUGACACAUUUUUCAUUUUCUCUUUAUUGCACAGUUCAGUUUUUUUUUUGCGCAACUCUUAAUAAAUACAUUUCUUUUAAAGAAGAAACGUCUUUCCUCCUGACCAGCCUGCACUCAACAUUAUCGCGAUUUUAGUUUAGUUUCGGUUGUGUGUGUGCGUGUGUGUGUGUGUUUGACGUCGCCGUGAUGAGCGCGUGUCCCUCAGGCUCGGUGUCCGCGCUUCACCGGUGCGGUUCCCGUAACACACUCCUGCUGCUGGUGUGUUUGGUGUGCGGGAUAACGGGGACCUGGGGACCGGGACUGUACAGCUACCAAACCGGGACCUCACUCAACAGAGACCCGAGCAAAAGGAACUGGUGUCCUCAGACCGUGACCAAGACGGUGACGUGUCAGGUGCAGAAUGGGACGACUUUACAGCGGGUUUAUCAAACGUGCAGGUGGCCACAGGGAUGCUCCAGUGGCAGUUACCGUACAGUGGUCCGGCCCUCCUUUAAAGUGGUGUAUCGCACUAUCACAGCUCUGGAGUGGAAAUGUUGCCCUGGGUUCAGUGGAGCGCAUUGUGAUGAAGGUUCUGCGAGCGGUAAUCUGGUGGCUCAGGAGGCUGUGAGAAAACAGGCAACUUUCCGCAAGUCCACGUUCCCCAAGGCCUCAGAGCAGCUCUCCAGUUGUCUGAAUUGCAGUCGUAUGGCAGCUCUCACUGACAGACUGAGUUCUCUGGAGGAAAAGGUCCAGCUCCUUUCUGCCACGUCUAAAGGUGGAGGUGACCCUGAGUCCUCCUCCUCCUCCCUCAUGGGGGCUCCACCUGCUAGAGGAGCUCCAGGUGCAAAGGGUCCUGCAGGUCCACAGGGUGAGCGAGGCAGAGACGGGAACCCGGGCAAAGACGGAAAACCAGGUUCUCAGGGUCUGCCUGGGCCGAAGGGGGAGGCUGGCCCAUCAGGUGCUCCAGGGUCUCGUGGGACACCAGGACCAGCAGGUCCUCGGGGCCCACCAGGGCUUCCAGGAGAGAGAGGUUUAUCUGGACCUCCUGGACCUCCCGGACCUCCUGGACCUCCAGCCACUGGCUCUGAAGACAGUGAGAAGAAAAACCUGCUUCUCUCCAACAGUUUCCCAGACCCUCGAGUGGUUCCUGCUCAGGGGCCUCAGGGGCCUCCGGGACCCAUAGGGCCCCCAGGAGCCCGAGGCCCAGCUGGACCUCCAGGCCCUAUGGGACAAAGUGGAAAGCUGGGUUCUCCAGGUGUACCAGGACCAACAGGACCAAAGGGCGAGCGAGGAGAGAGAGGACCUCUGGGAUAUCCAGGAGAGAGGGGCUUCAAAGGAGAGACUGGCGAGCCAGGUCCUAAGGGUGAGCCGGGGGAGAAAGGUCUUCCGGAUGUUAGUUUGAAGAUGUUGCAAGACCUUCAAGCUGACCUGGAGCUGCUGGCUCGCAGGGUGCAGCUGCUGGAGGCGAUCAUCUGGCCAGAGCCCGACGGAGGAUCCGGCGACGGCCCGUUCGGCACCUCGCCUACGGACUUCUUCCGGAACAAGCGGGCCGGGGUCCUGCCCUUUGGGGUCAAAACGCCGUCCUUCUUUACCGAGUCUAAAAUCCGAGGGAAGUCCUAAAGUAUCGACCUCUCGUUCCAGCUUGGACUGGCAAACCCUCGAAAGUCCCUAUAACACGUUCCGAUCCACUCACUCACCCUGGAACAUACCAUUGAACAAGGAAAGGGGGGAAACACCUCAGGGAAAGAACCAAGUGGUGCUGCGGAAGAUCAUCAUCUCAACUGGAAUUCAGUCUUUAACUUCAGGCUCCCUUUUACUUGUUAGAACAAAGAGAGAGCAAAAUAAAAUGUACUGUACAGUCAUUCUAACGCUGUGGGAUUAACGGUUAUAAGAUGUGGGACAAUAAGGGGAUGAGCUGGUACACAUGACGGAGAGGAACAUCAGGUUAUUACUCGCUGAAGUCACUAUAUAUAUUUUAACAGACCCCUUUGGGAAGGUAGAAAUGUAUCGUAUGUAGGAAAAUACAAUACGCGUAUUCACUAUUCAUUUGUAAAACAUUUAAGCAAUAAAUUAGUUAUCCUCCCUAGCAUUAAAUGCACUA